AUGAUCUUGAUCAGUACCCUGCAGCGGGCCUUUCUGGGCCAUGCCAGCGCGACCCUGCCAGUACCCUGCCAGCGCGUGGACACCACCCGUGUGGCGAAGGCCAUCGGGAGCCCCAGCAUGCUGCACGGCGUGGACAUCGUUGGCGCGUCCAGCACGAAUUUGCACAGCGUGCGCGUUGCAGUCCUCUGCGCCGCUCUGCCGCCUGGCGCAAGCCGCAACGUCGACGUCGCUUUCGCCGUUCUGGAUGCCGGUUGUGGCGACUGGCAGGUCGCCGUGGUCCGCCGUGGCUGGCCCUGUGGCCGCUGUUAUCGCCACGGCGUGGCGCCUCGGCUGGACUUGUUCCUCUCCGCAGCGAUCCUGGACGACGCUGGCAAAACGGUUGGCUUCCUGCUCAUGCCCCCCGCCAUGGCGUCGGCAGCUGUGCACAGGUCCGCCGACAGAUGGCGGACCAAACGCGUGAUCUCCAUGAUCCCGCCCAUCGCCGCCAGCACGCUGGAACUGCCGACCGACGCGGGCGCGGACUCCUUCACGGCCUUCGCGAGGCGCCCCUUGGCGCGCCUGCUCAAGGGCCAGGGGCGCCCGCACAGCACCGUGCCGCAGUGCUCGGCCCCGUGCCGUUCGAUGCUCCUGUCUGCUGCCACUGGCGGACAAUGGCCCCAGGUGCGCCUCGCUCGACUACGGAAUGCCGAUGUCGUUGACCUGACCUGCCAGCUGUGCGGCGAGGCGCCGGGCACCCUCCUGCACCGCCGUUGCUGCGCUGCUUCGCUGCCGCCGGAGGGGUGGCCCGAGCCGCCCAGCGCGCGCUCGGACCUGUUGUCCGCGCUCCCGGAGGCCCGCGGGACGCUGCUCCGCACGCGCGGACUGCUCGCCCUUCGGCUGCCGCGGCCAGUGGCGCAGCAGGAGCUCGCCGCGCGCUGGUUCCCGGCCCCGCCCGACGAGACGCGCCGACCUGUGUUGGUACACGGAUGGGUCGAUGAGCAUCCGCACGGACUGGCCAUCCUGACUACUGCUGCGGCCAGCACGCUCCAGGCGACCCAGCCCACGCGCAUGCUCGCGCAGCUGUGGUCGCGCGUGUCCGCGCUCUUGGACGGCGACACCUCGGAGCUUCUGGUGGCCGGGAGGCUCACUUGGAUGCCGGCGCACGGCUCCGUUGCCAGCAUCGGCACAGCCAGGAGGUCCGACGGGCAUGUCGUGACCGCGGUUGACUGGCGCGCGAACCACCUGGCCGACGCUGCUGCCAACGCGGCUGCGGGGUGCCCGCCAGAGUGCGCGGCGGGCGCACAGCUCUUCGGGCAGGCGGAGUGUCUCGUGGCGCAUGAAGGCGCAGUCCUGGGGGCCGUCACCCACGCCGCGAACAACCACGUUCGCGAGCUGGUCGGGCCUGGCGGCGCCGUCCGGCGCGUCACGGUGCGCGACGCGGCCGCCAUGCGCUCGC